UCGGCAGAUGAGCAGUUUCGCUGGAACACCCAAGGUAGGCUAAACGUCAAAUACUUUACUUUUUAGUAGACGUUUUUAUUUAUAAUCACUGUAUUAAAAAAAAUUUAAUGCAGAUUUCCUAAGAAUAUAACCAGAUAUCACAGACAUGGACGUCAUCAAAUUUGUGUGACAUUGAAAAUACACACACUUUAUGGAGGUUGUGUCACGAAUGUGACCCAGACUAACCUGUUCCCCCUGUUUCCUGUUUCCUGCUUCCUGUCCAGCGGAUGGCCAGAAGGAUAUAGAGGAUGAAUUGACCACAGGACUGGAGCUGGUCGACUCCUGCAUCAGAUCCCUGCAGGAGUCCGGAAUACUGGACCCACAUGAAUACAACACAGGAGAACGUAAGGACAGCUCUUAUUUUAAUAUGACAGGGUGUGUUUGUGUGUGUGUUUGUGUGUGCGUGCAUCUGUGUGUGUGUGUGUAACGGUCCCACUCUUUCUUUCAUCUCUUCCUGAAUCUUGAUAUGUUUCCUCUGGUGCACUUCCCACUAAGAGCUCAUUUAGGGACACGGGAGACAUAACACAUUAUUUUGACUUUAAUCAAAUUUGUAAGACAUUUGCAUCUCUCUGUCGUCAAUGCUACCCCAAAGAGGUUUAGCCAUCAGUUUGUAUUUACUGAAAGCCAUUUGCCCAUUUCAGAAAUGAUAUUUUACAAAAGAAACCCAAACCAUAGGUUCUGUUUAAGCUUACUGAUGCACACACAGGCUGUUUCUUCUGAUAGAAGGAGAGUCGUUUCUAAAUGUAGUGUAUCUCUCCUAAUAGUCCUCAAAAUGACAGUCAUUCCACUGAGAGGCGAGGGGACUAUUUAGUUGGAAAGAACAGAACACCCUGGGUUUGGAUUUUCCUCUGUCAGUUCAGAAUCAGACAACAUUAUAUAAUAAAAAAAAAGCCCUUAUACAAAACAGCAUAUACAGGUGUGUGUUUGCGUGUGUGUGUGUGUGUGUGUGUGACAUUUCCCCUCCCACUGUGAAGCACAAAGUGCUGUUUGUUUAAUAAUUCAUAGGAACGUAGAGUAGGAGAGGAGAUGGGUGGAGGAGAGGAGAGGAGGAUGCUGGGAAACUCUACUGCAGAUAGUUUUAAUCCCACACUACACAGAGACAGUGGAACGAUAGAACAGUCCUCUCUCUCAUUUUAGCCCAAAACAUAUUGAUGUGUUUGUUGGUAUCAGAAGGUAGAUCAGGGGGUGAAGGGCGGUUUGCAUUCCCAGGCUUACAGCAAAACGAGGGAACAUGGAGGGUUUAACUUGUGUAGAGAGGUAGCGCUUCUAAAAAGAUGACUCUUAAACCAAAACACAGAGAACCAAGUGUACACUCUUAAGCUGUAUUCGAAUACCCAUACUAACAUACUGUAUACUACAUACUUAAUGAGUAUAUACUACAUACUAUAUACUAUUAAUUCAUUUUAGUAUACUGUAAACGAACGCUAUCCUUUCAGUUGAGUGUACUGUACUAGCGGUUCGCCUGUCUACCGGAAGUUGAUGCUGUUGCUAUGCAACUUCUUGCUAGCUUGUUAGCAUAACAAAUUACUAGCUAGACAUCUUACGACUUCAUUAACCAUGUCCAUUGAGAACGCACAAUGACUAUACCACUUAGCUAAGCUAAGAAUGACGUGAAUAAUCAAGUCAAUAAACGUUGGGCAGCUAGUUAGAUAGCAUAUAGUUAAUAAACUGGCAAGUUCGAUGUACCCUACCGGUCAAAAGUUUUAGAACACCUACUCAUGCAAGGGUUUUUCAUUAUUUUUACUAUUUUCUACAUUGUAGAAUAAUAGUGAAGACAUCAAAACUAUGAAAUAACACAUAUGGAAUCAUGUAGUAACCAAAAAAGUGUUAAACAAAUCAAAAUAUAUUUGAGAUUUGAGAUCCUUCAAAUAGCCACCCUUUGCCUUGAUGACAGCUUUGCACGCUCCAAACCAUCUCAAUUUGGGUUGAGGUCGGGUGAUUGUGGAGGCCAGGUCAUCUGAUGCAGCACUCCAUCACUCUCCUUCUUGGUAAAAUAGCCGUACACAGCCUGGAGGUGUGUUGGGUCAUUGUCCUGUUGAAAAACAAAUUAUAGUCCCACUAAGCCCAAACCAGAUGGGAUGGCGUAUCGCUGCAGAAUGCUGUGGUAGCCAUGCUGUUUAAGUGUGCCUUGAAUUCUAAAUAAAUCAUAGACAGUGUCACCAGCAAAGCACCCCCACACCAUAACACCUCCUUCUCCAUGCUUUACGGUGGGAACUACACAUGCGGAGAUCAUCCGUUCACCCACACCGCGUCUCACAAAGACACGGCGGUUGGAACCAAAAAUCUCACAUUUGGACUCCAGACCAAAGGACAAAUUUCCACCAGUCUAAUAUCCAUUGCUCGUGUUUCUUGGCCCAAGCAAGUCUCUUCUUCUUAUUGGUGUCCUUUAGUAGUGGUUUAUUUGCAGCAAUUCGACCAUGAAGGCCUGAUUCACACAGUCUCCUCUGAACAGUUGAUGUUGAGAUGUGUCUGUUACUUGAACUCUGUGAAGCAUUUAUUUGGGCAGCAAUUUCUGAGGCUGGUAACUCUAAUGAACUUAUCCUCUGCAGCAGGGGUGACUCUGGGUCUUCCAUUCCUGUGGCGGUCCUCAUGUGUGCCAGUUUCAUCAUUGCGCUUGAUGGUUUUUGCAACUGCACUUGAAGAAACUUUAAAAGUUAUUGAAAUGUUCCAUAUUGACUAACCUUCAUGUCUUAAAGUAAUGAUGGACUUUAGUUUCUCUUUGCUUAUUUGAGCUGUUCUUGCCAUUAUAUGGACUUGGUCUUUUACCAAAUAGGGCUAUCUUCUGUAUACCCCAACUACCUUGCCACAACACAACUGAUUGGCUCAAACGCAUUAAGGAAAGAAAUUCCACAAAUUAACUUUUAAGAAGCCACACCUGUUAAUUGAAAUGCAUUCCAGGUGACUACCUCAUGAAGCUGGUUGAGAGAAUGCCAAGAGUGUGCAAAGCUGUCAUCAAGGCAAAGGGUGGCUGUUUGAAGAACCUCAAAUAUAAAAUAUAUUUUGAUUUGUUGAACACUUUUUUGGUUACUACAUGAUUCCAUAUGUGUUGUUUCAUAGUUUUGAUGUCUUCACUAUUAUUCUACAAUGUAGAAAAUAGUAAAAAUAAAGAUAAACCCUUGAAUGGCUAGGUGUUCUAAAACGUUUGACCGAUAGUGUAUUAGUAGCCAACUAACAUUAGGUAGCUAGCUAACACAUACCGGUACAUACAAGCAUCUGCUGUAAUGAUAUGCAAUGUGGUUCGUAAGGCUAGCGUACCUAACAAAUUGUCAGGCAACACAACGUGUAACGUAACUUAUUUGAAAAGUCAUAAAUGUUUUAUUACAUUGCUCAACAUUUUCUUAACAUUUGUUUAUAAUUAGUUAAAUUAAUGAAUAUGUACUUUUUUUACUGACAUUUGUUACCCGCUCUCGUCGGACUUUGGCUUAUUUUCCGCCAUUUUGUUCAAAUCUGAAAAUGUUGUGAAGCCACGUCCAUUUUCUGAAGGAUUAUAUUAUGGGCCCUAAAAGCACGGAAAUUCUGCGAAUUUUGGCGAAUGUAGUACGACAUCCGGGAACUUUGGUCAUUCUAACUAUAUCCAUACUAUGACCAAUAAGCAUACUGCAUACUCAUCACAAAUAGUACAGUUAGUGCGGUUAGUAUGAGUAUUCGAACACAGCUUUAGAAAAGGGUCCCAAAAGGGUUCUUCGGUUGUCCCCAUAGGACAGGGAUGAGCAACUGUCGGCCCCCCUUUUGAAGGCCCUCGGAUCAAUGUAUUGUAUUGUACUCAGUCAGGGUCUCAACUUACUGUUGCAAGUUAGAAUAGUAAAAAUACACAAGGUGCAAUUUUGACAUUUGUUUGUGCAUCAGCAGUUUUUGUCUAUUUAUGUCAGUCACUGAUAGUCACUCAAUUAGCCUAUGUCAGCUAAACAUUUAGCUGACAUAGGUCAUAGACCUAACUACCAGUAAGUAAACCCAUUGGUAAGUUAGUCCGGGUAAUUUUGUUAGUCAGUCUCACUCAGAUAUCAUAUUAAAAACUGCUAACAUUUCUCUCCACCCUAUUGAAAAAUGUGUAGAAUUGCAUGAAAUUAGUUAUAAAAUUGCUAAAUAUUCUCUACGACCCAUGGCAAAAUGUGUAGAAUUGCACAAAAUUAAAUCUACAUCUCCGUUGUCAAGAGGGGGGCUGCUAAAAUGUUUUUCACGUAAUGUGGUGGGGGGGUCUGCACAUGUGGGUACGCAGACCUGCGUGCAACUGCGGCCCCUCAUGAUGAGUUCAGAUAUUUUGUGGCCCCCACCCCCAUCAAAGUUGCCCAUCCCUGCCAUAGGAGAACCAUUUUUGGCUCCAGGUAGAACCCUUUUUGGUUCCAGGUAAAAUGCUAUGGGAUUCCAUGUAGAACCCUAUGUGUAAAAGGUUCUACAUGGAACCCAAAGGGGUUGUACCUGGAACCAAAUAAGGUUUUUCAAAGGGUUCUCCUAUGGGGACAGCCGAAGAACCCAUUUAGGUUGUAGAUGGCCCCUUUAGUAUAGUCCAACAUUUUUUGUUACAGAGGUGGUAGAGAUGGUGGCAAAAGGCUGUCAUUUCCUGUUGAAGGUUAUGUAGAGAAAUGUAAAAAACCUAUUGUCCUACUAGCGUUUCUGGUGAAUUACACACAACUUUCAACUAAAUUUACAUUUACAUACAUUUUAGUCAUUUAGCAGACGCUCUUAUCCAGAGCGACUUACAGGAGCAAUUAGGGUUAAGUGCCUUGCUCAAGGGCACAUCGACAGAUUUUUCACCUAGUCGGCUCGGGGAUUAGAACCAGCGACCUUUCGGUUACUGGCACAACGCUCUUAACCGCUAAGCUAAAUGUCAGACAACGUCCGCGUGGCUCAGAUGAAAACUGUGUUUGUGGUAUGGUGUGUGUGUGUGCUCUGCUGACAUAAACAUCAAAGGGAGCGAGAGGGACAAUAUGAGAGUGGGGGGGAGAGCGAGAGAGAGAGAGUCUUUUCUCUCCAAUAGGGAGUAGGAAUAGCCUGUGUAUUAUAUAUUUAAGCACAGUGAGAUACAGCACAGGUCAUAGACCUAACUACCAGUCAGUAAACCCAGACCAACCCCGCCCCUUAUUCCUGUGUGUGUACGUGUGUGUGUGUUUGUGUGUGUGUGUUUAAACCUGCCACAGUUGAGAGUGACAUCACUCCACACUGCCCAGAUUACAAAUUAAGCGAUUCUAGGCUGAGAGACGCCAACACAUAAAUGACAGAAAGAAAGAGAGAAUGUGAGAGAGAGAGCUGUGAUUAGAGCGAUACAUGCUCGCUAUCCCCCUCCUCUCCUAUCUCCUCUCUCCUCUUCCUCAACUAGCCCCCAUCACGUCAGAGCAGCAAUACAGCCUCUCCGCUCGCCGCGAUCCGCGCAUCUAUCUCAAAUAAUAACUCAUCUAUAACCCUACUCUCCUACUAAUAUACCCCUCAUCUCCUCUCUCAUCUAUUCCCCUCCUCUACUCUCUCCUCUCUCCUCAUCUCCUCUGCUCCUCUGAGCUCACCUUCUCUUUUCCUCCUCUCUACCUCCCAUACUCUGCCUUCUUCCUACUUUACCCUUUAUUUCCCCAUUUCCUUAAUCUUCUCUCCUUCUCCACCCCUUCUUUCUCUCCUCUCCUUCUCCCGUGUACCCCCUUCUCCACCUCCCCCUCAUCCCUCUCCUCCUCUCCCUCUCCUGAUAAAUCAUGUAUGCUUUUUCUAACUCACUGAGGGCAGAAACGCUGCACUGCCUGUUCUAAAUAGCUGUAUCGCUCCCCUUCCCUCUCUCUCCCCCUCUUCGCUCCCUCUCUCUCUCCCCUCUUUCUCUCUCUCUCUCUCUCUCUCUCUCUCUCUCUCUCUCUCUCUCUCUCUCGCGUUCUCUCUCUCGCGUUCUCUCUCUCGCGUUCUCUCUCUCUCUCUCUCUCUCUCUCUCUCGCGUUCUCUCUCUCUCUCUCUCUCUCUCUCUCUCUCUCUCUCUCUCUCUCUCUCUCUCUCUCUCUCUCUCUCUCCCCCCAGGUCCUUCUCUUCUUUCCCAGAGUACUUUGCAGCUCAACUCCACCCCAGAGGCUUCGCUCCAGUACUCUGCCAGCUACCAUAGCAACCAGACCCUCACCCUUAGCGACAGUGCUGCAGCUGCAACCCCACAGCGCAGUGGACAGGUCGGAGGGGCCGUGCACAGCUACAACCAGGUAGGUCACCAUGAUGAUGAUGAGGAGGAGGAGGAAGAUGAGGAUAUGAUGAUGAUGAGGAUAAUGAUGAUGGCUCCCAUUAAUGUAUAGCGACUCACAAUCUGUUCUUGUAAAGCAGUUGUAGCAUUCAAGACAAAGUUACUUUCAAUGCUACAGCAAUAUUUUCUUUCUUUUUUGCCGAACGCUACUGUCCUGAGCAGUUUUUAUUAUGUACCGAGGUAUGGAGGAAGGGAGCCAGGCAGGGAGUUCUCUGCCCUGCUCUCCUCUUGACUGGCUGUUCUUCCCACUAUCUACUGCUUUAACCUUUUCUAAUGCUCCUUAGCUUAACCUUGUGAAGGUUAAAGUCACGUUUUACGAGUCAAAAGUCUUCAGCUAGCUGCUGGCUUUGAAUAAAGGAGUCGGCUCUAACUUUCUCUCCUCUUUCUCAUUCCCUUCAUCUCUCUCUCUCUCUAUUUCUCAUGCACACCAUUGUGUGUGGGCUAUCCUGCUGCUCUACACAGGUCAUAGUCGCCCGGGGCGGUGUGUGUGUGUAAUUGGCUAGUAGAGGUUAGAGGAAAGAGGAAAGAGACAGAUGCAUUUAACACUGUUUAAUUGAUCUAGGUGGAAGGGAGAAUGGAGCAGUGAAGGUGGACUGUUUAAUUGCAUGGGGAGAUACCAGUUUGGUUUGUUAUUUCUCUAAUAAUUUGUUAAAGGAGGUGAACAGGUGUUAAUCUCCUCAUACUGAUCAAGAGGAGUCCAAUGAUCCUCUAGCCUGCACGAGACAUUUAUUCCCUGCAUUCAUUUCUUCAUAAGCUAGCUGACAGUACACAACGCACUCACACACAAACACACACACACAGGUGCUCAUACACGCAGACACACAUGCUAUUUGUUACCAUCUGCAAAGCUUUAUUAAAAUAUACUGCCUGCAUUGAGAGGGCAAAGUUGUAGUGUGCUGUCUGUAUGGUUAUGAAUAAUACAUAAGGACACAUUUUGAAAAAGUAGCUAAUUACUCGAGGAAAGGAAGUGCAAAUUUAUGUUUUUCAGUUUACCACUUUCAGUACACACACACACAAAAUGUGAUGUUUGGAGAAACGUGGACAAACGUCGGAAUUUGAAGUUAAAUUGUUAAAACCGUGAGAUCUUGUUACACACACACACACAUACAAAAACAAGAGACUGACAAGAGAGAGAAAUAGAAGCAUUUCUGUUUUGAAAUACACCUGUCUCUCUUGUCUUCUUUCUUCCUUUUUCAAUUGUACCAAUAUGAGCGGCCCUGUCCUCUUUUUCCGUCCUCGCCAUCGCCACAUCCCCCCAUCCCUGUCCUGUCCUCCCUCUGUCUCUCUCUCUGUCUCGUUGUGUUCCAGUGAUGUUUUGCCCUGUCUGUCAGGUUGGUUGGGGAGAUGUUCUGAGUAGCGCUGGCUGUAUAGUUUACUCCAGACCAGGAUAGACUGAUUAUAUAAGCAUAUGCAUCACAUACAGUAGAGGCUCUUAUACACUACUACUAGCUAGGUAUUUAUACCACAAUGGUACUUCUGCUUCAAUAAUGCAUAGAGAUCUAGCACCUAUAACACACACUGUGAAUCUCUUAAGAAGAGUGGAGCGUAGUGCCUAUCUAUUUAUUUUACAUUGUGUGUGUGUGUGCGCGUGUGUGUGUGGGCGCGUGUGUGUGUGCGCGCGUGUGUGUGUGCGCGUGUGUGUGCGUUUGUUUAUGUAAGCCAGUUUCUCCCUCAAUGCUGAAACCCUAAGACAACCACAGGAUUUCUGCAUCCCAAAUGGCACCCUAUUCCCUAUAUAGUGCAUUACUUUUGAUCAGAGCACUAGGUCAAAAGUAGUUCACUAAAUAGGGAAAAGGGUGUCUGAUGAAUCAGUCAUCAUGGCCUUCUGUUAAGGUCAGGCACCACACCCUAAUAGGGAUUUUUUCUCUCUUAAUCAUAUCACAAUCAACUUUUACCAGUUGAAUGUGGACACAAAAAUAAUACUUUUUAAAAAAUAUAUAAACGUUUCUGAAAUAUUGUAGUAAUAUGCUAAUUAUAUAUCAUUAAAUAUGUGCAUAUUUGCAUAGCAUGCUAAUUCUUUUUUCUGGACACUGGAUGAAGUCAGCCUAAAUAUUUUGGUUUCAAAAGUUAGAACCAGACUUAUUGUCACACCCUGGCUCUGGGACUCUAUUUGUUGAGCCAGGGUGUGUUUAUUCUAUGUGUUAUAUUUCUAUGUUGGGGGUUCUAGUUUGUCAUUUUCUAUGUUGGCCUGAGUGACUCCCAAUCAGAGGCAACGAGUGUUAUAUGGGAGCCAUAUUUAAACUGUCGGUUUUCCUUUGUGUUUUGUGGGUUCUUGUUUCUAGUUGGUUGUGUUUAACCGUGUACUGUCACGUUACCGUCUUUUGUUGUUUUGAUCGCGUUUCGCUAAUAAAUGAGUAUGUUUGCCUACAACGCUGCGCCUUGGUCUACUCCUUACCCUGACGAUCGUGACAGAAGAACCCACCAUACCAGGACCAAGCAGCGUGUCCAGGAAUCGGCAGCCUGGACGUGGGAACAGAUUUUGGACGGGCAGGGGUCCUGGACCUGGGAGGAGAUCCUGGCCGGGAUGGAUCGCCGGCCAUGGAGUGAGACAAUUGAGAGGCGACGAGAGAGGAGCAACGGCGUAAGCAGUGUCAGCGUUGGACGGUCGAGAGGCAACCCCAAAACAUUUUUAGGGGGGGGCACACGGCAUGGACGACGGGGCUGACGGAGGCAGAAAAGGGGCGGAUUCAGAAGGCCACCAGGUUACGGGGGCCACUAGUCAAAGCAGGGAGGGAAGGUGUAGAGGCACGGCGAGAGGUACUGGGGUGUGUUACCAGUCCGGUCCGGCCCGUUCCAGAUCCCGAGGUAGAGCCAGUGGUGUGUGUCCCCAGUACGGUCCGGCCUGUUCCAGCCCCUCGCACCAAGUGUACGGUGCGCGUCGCCAGCCCGGUCCGGCCUGUUCCUGCUCCUCGCACCAAACCUACGGUAUGCGUCGCCAGCCCGGUCCGGCCUGUUCCUGCUUCACGCACCAAGCCUAUGGUGUGCGUCGGCAGCCCGGUCCGGCCUGUCCCUGCUCCACACACCAAGCCUACGGUGUGCGUCGCCAGCCCAGCCCGGCCUGUCCCUGCUCCACGCACCAAGCCUACGGGGUGCGUCGCCAGCCCAGCCCGGCCUGUCCCUGCUCCACGCACCAAGCCUACGGGGUGCGUCGCCAGCCCGGCCCGGCCUGUCCCUGCUCCACGCACCAAGCCUACGGGGUGCGUCGCCAGCCCAGCCCGGCCUGUCCCUGCUCCACGCACCAAGCCUACGGUGUGCGUCGCCAGCCCAGCCCGGCCUGUCCCUGCUCCAUGCACCAAACCUACGGUGUGCGUCGCCAGCUCGGCCCGGCCUGUUCCUGCCACUCGCACCAAGCCAGGGGUGCGAGUCGCCAGCCCGGUCCGGCCUGUUCCUGCCACUCGCACCAAGCCAGGGGUGCGAGUCGUCAGCCUGGUCCAGCCUGUUCCUGCCACUCGCACCAAGCCAGGGGUGCGAGUCGUCAGCCUGGUCCAGAACGUUCCUGCUACUAGCACCAAGCCAGGGGUGCGAGUCGUCAGCCUGGUCCAGCCCGUUCCUGCUACUCGCACCAAGCCAGGGGAGCGAGUCGUCAGUCCGGUGAGGCCCGUUCCGGCUCCACGCACCAAGCCAGGGGUGCGAGUCGUCAGUCCGGUGAGGCCCGUUCCGGCUCCACGCACCAAGCCAGGGGUGCGAGUCGUCAGUUCGGUGAGGCCCGUUCCGGCUCCACGCACAAAGCCAGGGGUGCGAGUCGUCAGCCCGGUCCGGCCAGUUGCUACUCCACGCACCAAGCCAGGGGUGCGCAUCGUCAGCCCGGUCCGGUCCAUUCCUGCUCCACGCACCAAGCCAGGGGUGUGUAUCGUCAGCCCGGUUCGGCCAGGUGCUACUCCACGCACCAAGCCAGGGGUGCGCAUCGUCAGCCCGGUCCGGUCCGUUCCUGCUCCACGCACCAAGCCAGGGGUGCGUGUCGUCAGUCCGGCUCCGGCCAGCGGGGCUAGACCGGACCAGGGGCGCUAUGGGGGGUUGAUUGGAGGGUGGUGGGCAAGGCCGGAGCCAGAACCGCCGCCGAGGAGGUAUGCCCACCCAGCCCUCCCCUGUUUAGCUCUUAUUGAGGCGCGGUCGCAGUCCGCGCCUUUAGGGGGGGGGUACUGUCACACCCUGGCUCUGGGACUCUAUUUGUUGAGCCAGGGUGUGUUUAUUCUAUGUGUUAUAUUUCUAUGUUGGGGGUUCUAGUUUGUCAUUUUCUAUGUUGGCCUGAGUGACUCCCAAUCAGAGGCAACGAGUGUCAGCUGUUUGCUGGUUGUCUCUGAUUGGGAGCCAUAUUUAAACUGUCGGUUUUCCUUUGUGUUUUGUGGGUUCUUGUUUCUAGUUGGUUGUGUUUAACCGUGUACUGUCACGUUACCGUCUUUUGUUGUUUUGAUCGCGUUUCGCUAAUAAAUGAGUAUGUUUGCCUACAACGCUGCGCCUUGGUCUACUCCUUACCCUGACGAUCGUGACACUUAUACAUAGCAGAUUGUGGAUAAACACUUUUUUUCAUAUUUCUAUCUGUAAAAUAGUAAAGAAAGGUACGAAAAUGUCAUUUAGAAUAAACAUUUGACAACAUAUCAAGUCUGGAGAAUGCCUCUAAGGAUAACCACACACAAUUUGGUGAAGGAGAUGCUUCUGAAGCUGAGGGAAAUUAGUUGGCGUGUGGGAAGAGUCUGACUUUCAAGAAAUGGCAGUUAAAGACAAGUACACUGAAUUAAGACUAUCAAACGCCAAAAGCCUAUUUAGACCCAAUCACCAUCUCUUCAAAGUAAGUUAUUACAUAUAGUCAAGUUUGUAACAUUUUCUAUGAAAUUGGCUUUUACAUAUGUGUGAUUUACAUAGCUUUGAAAUAAUGGAUGUAUGUCCAUUUAAAAGUGGUUACAAUUCUUGACAUUUUGAUGACGGUAUGAUAAACUAACGGAAAUAUACAUUUUCAUCAGCUUUUUGACUUUUUUUUUUUACCUUUUCAAAAUACUAAUAUUAAUGGACCAAAAUACCAAAAAAUCUCAAAAUGGAUAAGUACAUUUAGAUGCAAAAAUGUCAUUCUAGGCUGUGGUCCUGGGCUUAAUGAGAGACCUUGAACCACAGAGUCACUGUAAUCAGUAGACAGGCUCUGGCUUUUUAGGGAGGGAAAAUACAGCCUGGAGCCAGGAGCUGCCUGAGGAUGGAGUGUGUGUGUGCGCACAGUUAAACGGGGCCUACUGCAAGCGAGCCUCAGUGUGUGUGUGUGUGUGUGGUUCACGUUUCGAGACAUAUGCAUGGUGACUGUCAUUAGCAUAAGGGGAAGGAGCUCAGAGGAGUAGAAACAUAUGCUGUGCUCCUGUCUCUGAGGAUCUAGAGGAAUACAUUAGAUAACACUGUGUGUUGGGUUGGGAUAGGAUCAGCUGCCUCACUGUGACUUGGUGCAAAAUGCAUGAUCUGAUAGUGUAUUCCAACUUGACCAGAUAUCAUCUGUGGCAGUGUUAUAGUUUCUAACUUUUAGACAUAUCUAUCUGUUACCUUAUUAAGACGUAGAGAGAAGUGAUGUGGUGAUAAGGUGUAAUAGUAAUUUCCUGUCUUUUACAACCCCCUUUAUCUAAAAGAGAGUCGAAGAAGAGACGAUUCUAUAGCAUCUUUAUCUCGAGAGAUAUUGUCUCUGACUGUCUCUAUGUCUCUUGUAUCUCUCUCUCUCGUAUGCUUCUGUAUCUAUCUCUAUCUCUCUAUCUCUCUCUGUCUCUAUCUCUCUGUUGUCUGUCUAUCUUCUGUCAUAUCUCUAUCUGUGUCUAUCUAUGUAUAUCUCUCUUCUCUCUAUCUUGUAUCUGUUCUCUGUUCUGUAUAUGUAUUGUUAUGUCUAUUCUAUCAUCUCUAUCUCUCUCUCUUCUCACCCCUUUGUCUCUUCUCUUUACUCCUCUCUCUAUCUCUCUCGCUCUCGCUCUUGUCUCUCUCUCUCUCCUCUCUCGCUUCGCUCUUCUCCCCCUCCUCUCUGUCUCUCUCUCGCUCUCUUUCUCCCCCUCUCUGUCUCUCUCUCUUUCUCUCACUCUCUCCCCCCCUCUGUCUCUUCUCUUCUCUUUACUCUCUCUCUCUCUCUCUCUCUCUCUCUCUCGCUCUCACUCUCCCACUCUUUGUCUCAUCUAUCUCCUCUCUAUUCUCUCCUCUAUCUAUCUCUCUUUAUUCUCUCUCUCUCUCCCUCCAGGUGACAUCUAGUCGUGCGGCCCAGCAGCAGCAGGCGGGGGGAGGUAGUGGAGGAGACUCCUUCUCUCAGAGCCAUGGCAGUGCCUUUCAUCUGCCUGAUGCACAGCUUCCCACAAUCGGUAUAUAUCUACAUUAUCUACAUACAAUAUACCUACAAUACCGAUACACAUCUACAUUAUAUGCAUGCAAUGUACUGUAUACAUAACAUUUUAUAGACAUAAUUUAGAGAGAUAAUGUCAUUAAAGAGACCAGGAACCACACAUGGCAUCCAAUCCUUUUAGCUUUUGUUAGAAAUUAUUGUAUUAUUAUACAGUACACACCAUUAUACAUGAAGAUAAAUUAGACAGAGAUAAUGCCAUAAAAGGUACUACACAUGGCAUCUAAUCCGUUCAGCUUCAGUGAGAAAUUGCCCUUAGCUACAGAUCUAGGAACAGCUUAGGGAAAGUGCUAAACUGGCGUUAGAUCAGCAUCUAGAGGACUAACGUUCUUCAACCUUGUUCUAAUCUGAUCCCAGGUCACUACUACUCCAGUUCCACCCUGCCUGCCCAGCGUGUGAGUUCCCCUCUGACCGGAGGGGGAGGAGGAGGGUCUGGUUCCCCCAGCAAGCUGCAGCGCCUGGGCUCAGCCUCAGACACACCGGGCUAUGCUACCACCCAGCGCCUGCCUUCCUCCUCCUCCACAUCCUCACCCAACAAACAGUCCCCAGCCAAUCGACUCGCCAAGUCCUACAGGUAGGGCCAUUUCAUUGGUUAGUUUGGAAGAAGAAUGAGGUUAAACCUACAAUUUAAAAAAACUAAAAUGUAUCACCAUAACCAAACGAUUUGUUAUGCUUACAGCACCACUGGUGCCGUGACAACGACAGGGUCUCCGCUGAGGGUGGGGUCUCCACCCAACUCCAUAGCAACAGUUGCCGGGGGAGGGGCUAGCGCUUCAUCAUCCCCACUACACCUGGUGUGUAUUGAUACAUAGAUAUUCAAUGCAUAGAACUGCACAUUAUUCUUAAGUGACACUCUCUAGAAUAAAGAUAAUCAUGUCUGUUCUACACAAUGUGUUUCUAUAUGAUUCUUAAAAAAUGUAUUUAAGUAGGCAAGUCAGUUAAGAACAAAUUCUUAUGAAUCCCUAGAUGAGUUCGGGUAUAGGGAGCUACGCUACUCUGUCUCCUAAAAGACUGGCUGCUCACCACGCCUCCGACCAGUACAAGAUAUCCCACGAGCUCUAUGCUACCGCUACACUACAGAGGCCCGGCAGUCUG